CCUCACCCUAUCGCUCUUCGCCAGCGGCAGUGUGCGGGCCAUCAAGACCUACGUGGUGAACGAAGAGGUGGAUACGCUGUCGUAUAUUUUCGAAUGUGGCAUUGUCGUGCAGGGCGGCAUACACUUCUUCUGGUUGCAGCGGGGGUCUGAAGUGCUGGCGGUGAGCGGGGAGGUGGAGGUGUCGUGGCCAAAUAUGACCAUCGAAGUACCAAAGAGGGUCGAGACCUACAGGUCCCCCGUCGAGGUCAAACUCAGGUUCACCCACUCCAAGUGUAUGCCCAAGAGCCCUAUUAUGUUCAAGACGUUUGUAGACCUGCUGUACCACGGUGUGCCUGUGGGCGGGACGAGCACAGAAGCCCCGCCCACCACCACGCCCACCACCACGCCCUCGUGGCGCCAACACGGCAAUAAACCCUGGUCCUUCUUGAAGCGUAAGAGGAGCCACAGAGUACCGGGAAGUCAGAAGAAUAUGGGAGGCAGGAAACCGGGCAAAGAUGGUAGGCUGGGGAGGAAACACAGGAGAACCAGGAAGAGGAAGAGAAGGGGAAGAAAGGACGCUUACGAGAGGUACUGGGAAUGGAUACGGAGACAGCGACGAGCCGUGGUUGAGGACAUUCCCGCCAGGGGGUCGGUGGUGUCGACGGGGGCACGGGCGGUGUCGUGGGCGUGGGGCGGGGAGGCGGUGGUGCUGGGGCGUGUACGGCUGUGGGACCUGUACAACCUCCCUGUCCACGAGCUCCGCUUCCCCUGCGAAGCCAUAGGCCCCGCGGGACUGUACAGCGUGAGGCUGGCCACCGACGUCCACACCUCUCCUGUGAUCGCUGCCUCUAAAUGGUUCACGGUGGAGUGGAGCGAUACGUUCACUUUGCACGUGCAGGCGGCCAACAUCUACCCGUGCGAGGGCUCCAUGGGCGUGCACGUGACCUACCCGUCCUGCGUGGGCGUGGCCGACAAGGUGAGGGUCUACGCCCGCAUCAGAGCCAACGUCACCUCAGCCAAUCCACCCACCGUUGACAAGUACGUGUCGGAGCAGCGGGUGAUCAAGCCGAGGACGUCGGCAGCCUUUCCCUGCUCCACCUUUCAGCAGGAAGCUACCGAGUACUGCUUCGUGUACAUCAACACGGCCAGGACCAAGGCCGUCUCCCAGGUGAAGAGGAGGUGCGUCCCAUACUACAAACCCAUAACUAUGCGUAAGGACGGGGAGUGGGGAGGAUGGAGUCCGUGGACGGAGUGCCCGUCUACAUGCGGAGUGGGUCCCCGCCUCCGUCACCGCUUCUGUGACUCUCCUCCACCCAGCAACGGCGGCCUCUUCUGCCAGGGGGAUUCGAUCGAGGCCGAGUCGUGCGAGGGUCCGGCCUGUGUGCUGGCCAGCCAGCAGCCGGCGCCAGCCACCACUCCGAGCAACGAGCGCUGCUCCUGCGGCUGCACCCUCGCCCUCAACUCCGGGUUCACCACCACCAUCAGCGCCUCCGCCGCCCUCUGCAGCGGCACUGCCGUCUGGAUCCUACAGGCACCAGCAGGAGAGCGUGUGGUGGCCGAGGUGGUGUGGGCCUCCCUGCGCCAUGGAGCUCAGUGGUUCAAGUUGAGGGACGGUGACUCCCUCUCAGCGCCUCUCCUGGUCCGCCUCCCCUCAGCCACUUCCCCUCAACACCUCGGGCCCUCACCUCGCCGCCUCCCCAACACGUCACGCUGCUCUUCCUCGGGAUCUACGCUCCUCCUCGAGUUUCGCUCAGACGUCAAUACUUCAUCUGUAGGAGGCUUGAACCCUGCCUCUUGGGGCUUCCUGGUCGUCGCCUUCCCUUCUGCGGAGAGAGUGGCUGGGGGAGGUGACGUCGGGGCGGGGGAGGCAGGUCCUCAGGGCACCUUCUGGGGGCUGCUGCAGGGGAUGCAUGUGGCGGCAGUAAUGUUUGUGGUAGUGCUCAUGGUCGCUGUGGUAGUGCUGGCCAUCUACCACUGGCGCAGGUACAGAUUAUAUAAGCGGGCGCGGCUCAUCCCUGAGUCACCCUACUCCUCGCUCCCCGGCACGCCCUCCAAGGACCGCUCUGAUGCCGCCUCCACCCUCACGCUAACUGAGGUCAUCUCCCUCAAGUCCUUGGUGCUGCGACCCAAGCUGCCUAAGUCGCUGCCGCUGACGCGUCGCCGCAGAUCUGUGUCUUACUCGCCGCUGGAGCGCGAGCACCACCACGAGGCCUCGCAACACUCACUCCCGAACUCUCCCUUUCUUACCCGCCGAGUUUCCACUCCCUCUACAAUCAGAAGGUCGUCCUCGCACCUGGGACGUCUUCUCAGGAGGGGCAGCGGCACUUUCAAGCGACGAAAAAGAAGAUUUGCCUCAGUCGACGAGCUGGAAACUCGUUGUAUUUCACCCAUUCGCGAGAUGCAACGAGAGGACGAGGGCGACAGCGGGAAGGAGGGCCAAGUCGAGGACACAAACACUGGUGAAGAGAACUCUGCUAAGUACCGGGAACAUCGCAAGUCAGUGUUGUCAGAGAAGACGCCGAUGGACCCUCGCUCGUUCCCCAAGUUAGCCAAGGAGAAAAUGAACCUGGAGCGUGUCAGACGGUCAGCACUCUCUCGCUCCACUUCUAGUGCCACAAUGAGGGGCGCUUCCUCCGUAUCCGACAUGUCUGUCAAUGGCACCGACACUGAGAUGGAGUACGACUACUAUGACUACGACAUGGACAACGCAUCAGCAAUUCCAGGGUCUUUGUUUGGUAUGGACCCGCUAGUACUGGCCUGGGCACCGCCAUUUUUUCUUGGGCCAGACGACAUCUCUCCCUCAGACGAGGGUAUUCCUCUAAAUAUGUUGGGUUUGUCCGAGGCCACGCCUACAGCAGAGGAGCCCCCACGGCCCAGCGUCCUCUCCCUCCAGCACCUCAACAUCCCGCGGCCAGAGUCCUCUCCGAACACCAACUCCUUGCAGAGGAGCGAGAAGUCUGAUGACAGCAAUGACCACUCCGAGAUGCAUGACAAUAAAAGGAUCGUUCUAAACGGCGUGAAGGAUGCUAGUCAGGAGGAUGAUGACGAUGACCUGACGCCAACCACACAAAGCAGCAAGAUCCUUAACCUCGACGAUAUCCAGUUUGCCGACGACUCUGACUGUGAAGAGGAAAACGCCUUAUAGUGCUAUCAAUCUCCUUUCUAUACAUCUUACCUCAUCUCCAGCCCAGUGAGAUGGAGCAACACUAUUAAUGCUUUAAAACAAAUUAUACAUGUUGUUUAUGCAAUUUGUCGAGAUGUCUAUUUCUGUAACGUUUCUUGGCUGUAGGUUGUGUGGUAACUCAAAUCAGCUUUAAUGAAAUAGAUUAAGUAUAGACUUAGUCUUUCCUGAGGGAUAUUAGGAGCCAUCACCUCCUAGCGCGGACCUUACACUAGUCAGUUGACCAGACCACACACUAG